AUGAAUCCCAGCGGUGUGGUGAAGCUUCAGAAGCUGCUGCAGGUUCUGCUGAGGGGAGCUGAAGCUCGUAAACUGAAGAAGAUCGGUCAGCUGAAGUCUCUGGACGAGGAGGGUCAGGUCCCGGUGCUGCCCGCCGGUCCCGGCUCGGUCGAGUCCAUCCCGUAUCUGUCACCCAAAGCCGGUCUGACGUUCCACUCUCAGCUCGUCUUCCUCAGCAUCCUGGAGUCCAUCGAGCCAGAGGUGGUGAACGCCGGACACGACCACGCCCAGCCCGACUCGGCCGCCGCCCUCCUCACCAGCCUCAACGAGCUUGGCGAGAGGCAGCUGGUUAAAGUGGUCAAAUGGGCCAAAGGACUGCCAGGGUUCCGUAACCUGCACGUGGAUGAUCAGAUGACCAUGAUCCAGCACGCCUGGAUGGCCGUCAUGGUCUUCGCUCUGGGAUGGAGAUCCUACAAGAACGUCAACGCUCGGAUGCUGUACUUCGCUCCGGACCUGGUCUUCAACGAUCGCAGGAUGCACAUCUCCAGCAUGUACGAGCACUGUAUGCAGAUGAAGAACCUGUCGCAGGAGUUCGUCCUGCUGCAGGUCACACAGGAAGAGUUCCUUUGCAUGAAGGCCCUCCUACUGUUCAGCAUCAUUCCUGUGGAGGGGCUGAAGAGUCAGAAGUACUUUGAUGAGUUGAGGGUGACGUACAUUAACGAGCUCGAUCGUCUCAUUAACUACGGCAGGAAGAGCAACUGUGCCCAACGAUUCUACCAGCUCACCCGCCUCAUGGACUCUCUACAACCGAUCGUGCGGAAGCUGCACCAGUUCACCUUCGACCUGUUUGUUCAGGCUCAGUCGUUACCCACCAAGGUGAGCUUCCCGGAGAUGAUCGGCGAAAUCAUCUCGGUGCAGGUACCAAAGAUCCUCGCCGGCCUGGCUAAACCCAUCCUGUUCCACAAAAGCGUGACUCCGCCCCCUCGCGCACCGCGACUGGACACGCCCACCCAGCCGAAUCUGGUCUGAUCUGUUAUGAUCGGGUCGCGUCGUGUCCGGUUCCUCGACUCCGGCGUCACUUUUUUUUUGUCAUGGUUCUGCAGGGAGACUUAAAAUAAGUCCUCAUUUUUACUUUCUCUCUCUCUCUCGCACUCACUCACUCGCUCUCUCCAUCCUCUCACACUCGCUCUCUCUUUGUCCUCUCGCGCUGCCUCUCUCUUUCUUUCUACGACAAAAAAAACAGAAAGAAAUGGUAGUAAAUGUGCGGAGGAUCAUUACAUCAUUACGCCGGUCUAUCUUCUGCUCACAAAUCAUCUCAGAUCAUUUUCUCACACCGGUGUCGCUCUCUCCUCUCUCUCUCUCUCUCUCUGUAUCUCUCUCGCCCAUCCUCACUUUUCUCUCCAGCGUUUUAUUCCUGAAGAGUCUGAAGAGCUUCGGCGUGUCACCAGUUGGACAGAUUUAUAAAAAAGAGAAAAGAAAAGAAAGAAAAAAGAAAUAAUAAAAUAAUAAAAGAAGAGACGUCGUUGCCUUUAGUUUUAUCUGAGCCGUGAGAAGACGAAGUUUGCACUAGAAAGUUUCCCGUUCAGAAGCUCUGAGGUCUGUUUACUUCACAUACGACUCUAUGCAUUUGGAAAAAAAAUAUAUUAAAUAAAUGUUAAAAAAAUAAAAAUAAUAAAAGGUCUAAAAGGUCUGAAAGGUCUAAAAGGUAAACUGCCAUACGCCUUUUCAAAACAUCAUAAAAUAAUAAUAAUAAUAAUAAACGACUACCAGAAUAAAGCUAGCGCUGCUUUUUACUCCAAAUUUAAUCACUGACCAAAUCGACGACAAUCGUAAUGUGCUUCUUAUCCGUGCCUGAUUAUAUUUUUAUUUCUAUUUUGCAACCUGAUACGUCAAUCAAAACGUAAUCAGAACGUAAUCAGAGCGUAAAUCACGGCUGCAAACCUGGAACAAUUCAACAAGUCAACACGCUGCGAAACCAAGCUGCUAACGUGUUUUAUUAAGGGUUUAAAUUUAUUUGACUUCUGGCUAGUCUCUCUCUCGCUAACGUGUUCUCGCGUGGUUUUCUUUAUAGCGAAUCGAGCUAACUCUGCCGCUCCUGUAUAUGAACGUAGCUGAACAUGUGUCGGUGCUUCUGCAGUAAAUAAAUCUCUGCAUGUACGACUGUAACACUUCCAGCCCCAUCGCUUUUACUUUUUUAUUCUGAGCGUUACCGCUGCGUGUCCGACUUUGUUUUUUUUCUCUGUGAAAUUUUUUAGCCAAAAACAAAGAAAACUAAACGAACGCUUUUGCACUUGGAUGUAAAUCUUCCAGCUCACCGCUGACGCCUUUAUCGUAGCGUAGCGCCCGUUCCUCUCGUCUCCUCAUCAGCAAUAAGUCAUAAAAACAUCCGACGUAUCGCUAAACGAUCGCAAAGAGCCCUGAAAUGAACCGAACCUUUACCGCGCACAAUCCCUCGCUAGCAUUAGCUCAGCAUACUUGCGCCACAGCUAAAUAGCUAGCUAACUUCCAUCUCUACAGAUGAUAAACAAAGCUAUUUUAGAUCUGUUGUAAUCUUAACCAGCUAAGCGAAAGCUGACUAACAUGGCACAGUCUGUCCCCCUCUUCCCUCCUCCUGCUCCGCCCUUCUCCUAAUAUCCCCCGCUCUGUUUUUAGGGAUGAGCCGCUCGGUUACGCCUCCGUAGAUCUGAAUAAUUAAAUGAUCUUGAUAAUAAAAGAAGUAAAAAAA